AUGGUAGUCCGCAGUAAUGAGAGAACCUCUAUGGUGGGAGGAGGGUUUUAUAACAAGAACUCUAGCCUCCAGGCCCUCGUUGCAGAAUCGUGUGGUGGAUUAGUGGAUCUUGCAGACGUUCAAGGUAAAUCGGUGACACUUGCCGACUAUGGGUGUUCAGAGGGGUCAAACUCGUCCCGUAUGAUUCAGAAAGCCCUUGACGCAUGUCCGGAAGACUGCGCUAUCACUAUAGUGUUCAAUGACACUCCAGCCAACGACUAUAACAGCUUAUCAUCCACAAUAGACCGCGCCUUACGAAACCCGGAAAGCAAGAGCACCAGAAAGGUCUUUUCGCUGAUGGCACCCCAAAGCUACUAUGAACAAGUCGUGCCCAACGAGUUCGUUGACAUUGGUUUCUCCACCGCGUCUCUACAUUGGAUUAGUCGUCUUCAGCCGGCAAGCGGUAACCUGCUACCAAUUGACGCGGAUGUAUCAGCAGAAGUCCUGGCAGAUGUCCUCCGCUUCCUUCGUCCACGCUAUAACGAGGUACGGGUGGGUGGCCAUUUACUUCUCAGCUUCCCGGUAGACGGAGAGCUCAGCCUUAAGUGCGCGUAUCCGUCUAUAUUCCGAUGCCUAAAAGACCUGGCCGAGGACGGAAUCAUUUCCCAGGAAGCGGCGUCGAAAUUCCGUCUGCCUUUCCAUUUCAGAACCCCAGAGGAAAUCAAACAAGCAUUAGUUGCCGUGAAAGAGGAAUGGCAGGUAGCCGAGCAUUUCAACCGAGACGUGGCACAUCCGGCGUUCCUAGAAUUCCAGUCUAGCUUUGCGAGCUCAUCCUCCGGUAGCCCCGAUCCAGCGGCUUUGGACGCGUACAGUAAGGCCAUCAGCGGUGGGUUCGUCGCGAUCAUUGGCAACACUGUAGUCGAUACGGCGCGCGUGUUCCAGGACAAGACGAGCACUGUCGCUGGUCACUCUGCGGAGACCAUUCGCUCGAAAAUGGUGGAAAAACUGCAGCAACGUCUCCGAAAAAGCGAUUUUUGGAAGACGCCACUGGGGAACAAGUAUGUGUUCCUGAAACUCAGGAAGAUCUGA